AUGCCCCAAGCGGGUUCUACAUCUAAUUGCAUGCUAUCUUCACCCGCUAUGGCUACCGCGACGGAGAGGAUUCCCAAGCCCAAGCAGAUUAAGCGUAUGCGCGUCCCUAGAAGACUUUACGUCAAAGCCGUAUUCACAGGAUACCGCCGUGGUCUAAGAAACCAACAUGAGAGUACUGCCCUAUUGAAGAUUGACGGUGUGGAUAACAAAACAGAUACCAAGUUUUAUCUUGGGAAGCGCUGUGUCUACGUUUACCGUGCAGAAAAAAAGAAGAAUAUUCAGAGGCGCUCGAAGCCCACAAAGAUUCGCGUCAUAUGGGGCAAAGUGAUGAAACCUCAUGGACGCAGUGGAGCAGUGCGCGCACGGUUUAAACACAAUCUUCCUGCUAGUGCUAUGGGAUCAAGAAUAAGGGUAAUGUUGUACCCGUCAAGAAUUUAA